AUGGAUCCCAAGGGCUCGAAGCAGCCACCGGAGGUGCCAAGCUUCUUGAGCUUCCCACAACAAAAAAAUACAUACAUCGCCACUCCCACCACCAACAUGGGUGACAACAAGCACGCAGAGAUCAAAGACUUCCAGAUUGUGGUUGCUGAUAAAGAGGAAGGCAAGAAACAACAGUUGGCCCCCAAGAGAAGCUCAAACAAAGACAGGCACACCAAAGUCGAAGGCAGAGGAAGGAGGAUAAGGAUGCCAGCUCUCUGCGCUGCUAGAAUUUUUCAGUUGACCAGAGAAUUGGGUCACAAAUCUGAUGGUGAGACCGUUCAGUGGCUGUUACAGCAGGCCGAACCUUCCAUAAUCGCGGCCACCGGGACCGGAACCAUACCUGCCUCGGCCUUCGCAGCAACAGGGGCCUCUGUUUCACAGCAUGGUAGCUCUCUAUCAGCUGGAUUGCAUCAGAAAAUUGAUGAGUUGGGUGCACAAAUGGGGGGGUCAGGUGGGAGUAGCAAUAGGACCAAUUGGCCAAUCGUUGGUGGGAAUUUUGGGAGACCCCAUAUGGCCACAGCAACAGGGAUAUGGCCCCCUAGUGCGGCUGCGGUCAGUGGUUUCGGAUUUCAGUCAUCAUCAUCAUCAUCUUCUGGUUCAUCAACAACCAAUUUGGGCAGUGAAAGUUCCAAUUACUUUCAAAAAAUUGGGUUUCCUGGGUUUGACUUGCCAGCCACCAAUCUAAGUCCUAUGAGUUUUACCUCAAUUUUGGGUGCGGCUGGUAACCAGCAGCUUCCUGGAUUGGAGCUUGGGCUCUCACAAGAUGGUCAUAUUGGGGUUUUGAACCCUCAAACCUUGAGCCAGAUUUACCAGCAGAUGGGGCAGGCUAGAAUGCAUCAGCAGCAGCCAUCUUCAAAGGAGGAUUCUCAAGGGUCAGAAGGACAAUAG